GUGUUUUUUUCCAUAACAGUCAUUGGCUGCAAGAAGAAGAAGGUCACGCCUAUUGCUGAAGACAAUUCCGCCAGCCUUGCCAUAUAUUGUCGCGUCUUGCGUCAAGCUGUUUCCAAACACUGAACACUUACGUCCUGGGACAUUUUACUCAUCCUCGAAGCUGAGAGCAGAAGUUGCUGGAGCUCAAACUUGAAACAAACCAGGCGAGAGGACGCAGCGGCUGUGCUUCUGAAGAGACGCCCCCUUCACACACAUUUCUCGUUAACAGACAGGCAAAUCCGUGUUUUAAGACUAUUUUGUCUCUUUUCACCACAAAAAGUGUGAAACGUCUGAUUUUUUAACUAAACCACCCAGAGAUCCAGAGGAAGUCCUUCCAUCGCAAUCAACCCCGACGAAAGGGAAGCAGAGAAAGAAGAAGACUUAAAUAGCCCAUUUUUCUCAUUUGGCAACCAUGGAUUCAGAAAAGCAAAUAACCUUCACGUUGCUGAUGAGCGUCGGGGUUGCUGUGAUUGGCUCUCUGCAGUUUGGCUACAACACAGGUGUCAUCAAUGCCCCACAAAAGACUAUAGAGAAGUUCAUCAAUGAAACCUGGUUUGACCGCUACCAUGAGCCCAUCAGCAAAGGCACCCUCACUGCUAUCUGGUCUGUCGCUGUAGCCAUCUUCUCUGUUGGUGGCAUCUUUGGCUCAUUCUCUGUUGGGCUCUUCGUCAACCGUUUUGGAAGGAGAAACUCGAUGCUCAUGGUCAAUGUUCUGGCCUUUAUUGCAGCCGCUCUGAUGGGCUUUUCAAAGAUAGCAAGCUCCUGGGAAAUGCUCAUCAUUGGCCGUUUUGUGAUUGGCCUUUACUCCGGCCUAUCCACAGGCUUUGUACCUAUGUAUGUGGGCGAGGUCGCCCCAACAUCCCUACGAGGCGCCCUGGGGACCCUACACCAGCUAGGCAUCGUUAUUGGUAUCCUCAUCGCACAGGUGUUUGGGCUGGAGAUGAUCAUGGGCAACGAUGACUUGUGGCCUCUCCUUUUGGGCUUCACCUUCAUCCCUGCUGUUAUGCAGUGUGUAGUUAUGCCUUUUUGCCCAGAGAGUCCUCGUUUUCUGCUCAUCAACAAGAAUGAAGAGAACAGGGCCAAGACAGUUCUAAAAAAGCUCCGAGGUACCACGGAUGUGAGUGCUGACAUGCAGGAGAUGAAGGAGGAGAGCCGGCAGAUGAUGAGAGAGAAGAAGGUGACCAUCGUGGAGCUUUUCCGCUCACCCCUUUACCGCCAGCCCCUUCUGAUAGCUGUCAUGCUGCAGCUCUCCCAGCAGCUGUCUGGCAUCAAUGCUGUAUUUUACUACUCCACACUUAUCUUUGAGAAAGCCGGAGUGCAGCAGCCUGUCUAUGCCACCAUUGGAGCUGGUGUUGUAAACACUGCUUUCACUGUUGUAUCUUUGUUUAUUGUAGAACGUGCAGGACGCAGGUCUUUGCACCUACUGGGUCUGCUGGGAAUGGCUGGAUCUGCCAUCCUGCUGACCAUCGCUUUGGCUCUGUUGGAGCAACUCAAAUGGAUGUCUUAUUUGAGCAUCGUGGCCAUUUUUGCCUUUGUCGCCUUCUUUGAGAUCGGACCGGGUCCUAUCCCCUGGUUCAUUGUAGCAGAGUUGUUCUCACAGGGACCCAGGCCUUCAGCUAUAGCUGUCGCUGGUUUUUCCAACUGGACUGCCAACUUCAUAGUGGGAAUGUGCUUCCAGUAUGUGGAGGAGCUGUGCGGUCCCUACGUCUUUAUCAUUUUCAUUGUUAUGCUGCUUGUGUUCUUCGUCUUUACUUACUUCAAAGUGCCAGAGACCAAGGGCCGGACAUUUGACGACAUUACUUCCGGCUUCCGCCAGACAUCCGCCAUGGGAGGAGAAAAACACUCGCCAGAGGAACUCAACAGCUUGGGAGCUGAUUCUCAGCUCUGAGAGACUACAUUUUUUGACGAACUUUCUCACAAAUUGAGGGUGAACCGGAAAAGUCUACUAAGAAGUAGACAGAUCCACUGGUGUAAUAAUUUUCACUCUUGUCACCACAUUUCAGGUGUCGUCACUGAACACAACAAACUUUUCCAACACUUUUUCCUUUGCUCCUUCUCUUGUAGCAAAAAAGAAACAGCAAAAAAAGAUGGCACCCGAUGUCACCUUGCAGAUGUAGAGAGGAGAGAUGAAGAUAGAUGGGAGGGGUUUUUAAUGUUUUUCUUAAGAAGGAAAAGGUGUGUCUGGAUCAACCAAUCACCCUUUUUUAAAUAACUUUUUUAUUGAAUAUAUUACCAGUAUGUGCUUAUACUUCGCUCUUUUUGUUGUGUUGCAGCACAGUAAGGGUUUGAUUAUCUGGUUAAAGACUGUACUAGCUGUAGAAAUAAGUUAACUGUACUAGUGAAAAUACUUGUUUUAUUGAUCGUACUGUAAUGCUGUAUCACUGUAGUUUCUAGCACUGUUGAUGCUGUUUCUCUCCACCAGAUGGAGCACCGCCUUUACAAAAGGCUGCUAUGCACCACGUAGAAGAAAUGUUAUAUGAAUAUAAAUCUAUGAGAAGUUACUGACAGCACAAACUGUGACAUGUUCUUCAAAUGUGGUGAGCAUUUGAAUGUUUUUAAUGACAAACAGAAAUUGGACAGAUUUAGUAUCUAUUACUAUUUUUUCAGUUUUAAAAUGUCUUUUCUUUUAUAGAAUAUAUUUGAUGACAAAGAUAAAAAUGUAUCCAGAUGACAGACAGUGGGGUUAAUUCACCAUUCCUAUGUUUUUUACAUCAUUCCUUUUUUAGAACUAAUUACAAUAAUGUUAGAAACAGGGAUCUGUAUCUGCACAGGUCAGAACCAGGUUGGUGAACUUGGUAGGGAAAUCUAAAUAGAAAAUCAUCUGCUUAUUUUACAGUGACAAUUUUCACAAAACCAAGAAAAGUGCCUGUCUGAAGCCGUCAAGCCACCCCAGCCUUUCACCUUAAUUACUGUGGGACAUUUUCAGGACAUUUUGACCUGAUCCAGAUGGAAAGCUUCUGUCAUUAUAGGUAUUUCACUGGUAAGACGUCCUGCAGAGCCUUCAGAGUUUUGUGCUUAGGAUUUGAGAGCUUCCUGAAUUCUUUCACACAGUCAGGAGCUGCAUGCUGUUCCUCUGUGGUAAACAUGCAAGCAGCAAAAGAAAUAAUGUGGACCAAAAAUGACUGCCAGCCUUUUGGAGGUGUUUCAUUAUCCAGAAGGUGAUUGUCAUCAGUCUUGUCUGAAACCCCCAGCAGUCCUUGCAGUUGAUUUUAUGUCCAAAAAUGUGGACUCUUGUUGCUGUGGUGCAAGGGUUCUGUUUCACCUUCAGUACUGAAUUCCACAGUUUUGUGUAGCUCUUACAUGGUUUCUGUGCUGUACUCUGUACAGAUGCUGCUGAAAAAAGUCAAUUUCGAUUUGCUGCACAAGCUGCUGUCGAGCACUGCUGUAUCCCUUGUUGAAACUUGUCUUCUUUGUGAGUGCAUCAUUUGAGGAAAAAAAAAUCUUUCCAGCAGCACUUUAUUAUUCACACUUUGAAACGGACACUGAUGCCGAUUUAGCUGUUUCUAUUUUUUUACUCAGCGUGAACGUUUGGUUAAAACAGGGAGGCUGAAGAAAUGCUGUCUGAUUAAAUUUGUUCAUAUCCUGGUUUUUGUCUACACAGAUGUGCAUCCAGGCCGGCUGUUAGUAAAUAUGGCAAUAAUCAUAGUCCGUUAAAGACACUGAUCUAAGGAAAAAAACAGAAACCUUUUUAAUCAUUCCAGUAUUGGUUGUCAGCUGUAUGUAUCUAGCAGAUGUUAAAAGUCAGAUUUUUUUGUCAUUUGAUGGUUGAUUUGCACUGUAACAUCCACUCUGUGCCUUCAUGUGGUUUUCACACAUCUUCACCAGCAUAAUUACGUGGUGGCAUCAAAAGGUGUACUCCCUCACACUGAUAUCUGUCUCUACCAACAAAAACUGUAUUUAUGUAUGUAAAUUCACAAAUCUGUUGGGGCAUUGAGUAUGUAGCCUGUGAGGUUUCAUGGCACAAGGUGGUGGUCUAAAGACACAGGAUGAUGUUAAUAUCAAACAUACUUCAGUCUGUCCCACUCCCAAGUAUAACAAAUAUUUAACCUUUCUUCCCAUUUUUUGUUUUUAUUUCAUAGAUAAAUUAUUAGUAGUGUAUAGCUGAACAUCUUUUUAUCUUCUGUUGACGUCUGAUUUGAUACUUUAACAUAUUGGUGUGCCCUUAUAUUAUAAUAAUUUUAUGUAAGAUUUGACAUGUAAGGAUUCAUUAAUAUUUUAAUUCUAGUGCACAAAGAAUAUUUUAAUGUUUGUAAUAAAAAAUGUGUGGAUGGUGUUGGAACGUGAUCAUCUGUUGGGGAAAUUGUGAUGGAUGAUGCUGUAAAUGGAGUCUUGAGUAAGUGGUUUAUCAGCUGAAUAAAAGCAAUCAC